CUUCAACCGAACCUUCCCAGUUCCAAAGCCCAAGAAGCUGGGACUGUGGGAUCCACGUUCCCAAGGCUCCCCGGUGCUUUCCAACAGCACUCAGGGUGGGCAAGAGAUGGCUCCAGUAUACUGUUAUUUCAGGAAUGAGGCCCGCACAAAAUAAAAGCAUUUGAGAAACGGAAAGAAAAAAAGAGGGAGUGAAAAUAGGAAGGCUUAAAAAAAAAAAAAAAAACCGGAAAGAAAUAGACGCCCACCCCUAUUUUCCCUCCAAUGUCAACAAGCAAAACGAAAAUAUUUCCAGGGUGAUCGCUCGCAGCUACCCGCUUCCAAUUCGGAUUAGAAGCUGAGGCUGGAGCGGCGAGGAGAAAACGACAUCGAGUCACCCCAAGCGUGAGCGACGGUCUGGAGCAGGAGAGAAGGAAAAGGAAGAGACACACGUAUAUAGCAUGUGUUACCUGAUUUAUUUCGAGAUUGUUUGGUACUGUUUUCUCUCUGGGCACCUCUCAUUUCGGAAGGCCAUCAGAGGCGCCCACUACUGAGCGGCCCCGGCCCGCCGCAGCUGCACCCGGAGCCCCAGGCCCGGCUUCCCCGCGGCGCCGGAGCCCGGAGCUCGCCGCCGCCCAGGCCUCGGGAAUCGAGUAAGUAACCCCUGUUUGGCCCCGCGCUCCUCUGCCCACUUCCUCCUCCUCAUCGUUCCCAAAGCUCUCCCACACCCUUCUCCCCCGAAGUAAAGGAUACCCCCCGCACACAAGCCAGCGGUGGGCCUUCUCUCCCCCUUUAUCCAAAGCUGCGCUAGACUAUUACCUACAAAGGGCACAAUUUUCCUACUAGCUAAGAAAUGCCAGACAUGGGCCUGCAGUGCCGACUAGGAAAAGUAGUGCCUCGCCUCUACCUCCUCCAUUUCCUGCCCUCUCGCAUCCUCUCCCUGCACUCCCACUCUUCCCACUACCACCACCACCACCCCCGCUUUCAAAAAUAAAAUUGGAUACAAACUUUAAUCACUAAGGACAAAUAUUGACGCUCAAACGAAAAUGACCCAGUACAAUGAGGAGGAAGCCGGAAAUGUGAGCUAUUGGCCCUAGGAGAGGAAUUUCGGUGGAGCGGAGCCGGCUGGGUGGAGGGGGUGGCGGGGGCGCAGGGAAGGGCUGCGGCACCGCGUACUCCCGCCGGCGUAUCCCUACGCGGCUCCGCGCGGCCGCGGGGUCCGAGGCCCGCGGAGAGGGGGAGGUGAGCGCCCGAGGGGGCGGCAGCCGGAGGGCGGGGCGGGGGUGGGUGGGCCCGGCCCCUCCGAUUGGUAGACGGCGAGAGAGACGCUCCCGCACGCCGCCGGCUCUGAUUGGCCCAGCGGUAGGAAAGGUUAAACCAAAAAUUUUUUUACAGCCCUAGUGUGCGCCUGUAGCUCGGAAAAUUAAUUGUGGCUAUAGCCGCCUCGAUCGCUGUCUCCCCAGCCUCGCCGCGGCCGCUCCGGGACGCGCCCGCCCGCCGCCCGGCUCUCCCCCCCCUUUGGGCUGCUGCUGCUGCUGCUGUGACUGCUGCUGCGAGAGGAGGAGGAGGAGGAGGAAGCAGCGGGGGGGGGAGCGGGGGGUGGGGGGGGAGACCAAGAAGUACAGUUGGGAGCGAGGGAGCUUCACCCCCGGGGCGGUGGUUGUUUCUUUUUUCUUUCUUUCUUUUUUUCUUUUCCUUUUUUUUUUUUUUUUUUUUUUUCUAAUUCCUGAGGGGUGGUUGCUGCUUUUGCUACAUGACUUGCCAGCGCCCGAGCCUGCGGUCCAACUGCGCUGCUGCCGGAGCGCUCAGUGCCGCCGCUGCCGCCCGCGCCCCCCGCGCCCCGUUCGGCACCCACCGGUCGCCGCCACCCGCCGCGCCGCUGUCCCGCUCCCGCGCCGCCGCCGCCGUUUCCCCCCGACGACUGGGUGAUGCUGGACAUGGGAGAUAGGAAAGAGGUGAAAAUGAUCCCCAAGUCCUCGUUCAGCAUCAACAGCCUGGUGCCCGAGGCGGUCCAGAACGACAACCACCACGCAAGCCACGGCCACCACAACAGCCACCACCCCCAGCACCACCACCACCACCACCACCAUCACCACCACCCGCCGCCGCCCGCCCCGCAACCGCCGCCGCCGCCGCAGCAGCAGCAGCCGCCGCCGCCGCCGCCGCCCCCGGCACCGCAGCCCCCCCAGACGCGGGGCGCCCCGGCCGCCGACGACGACAAGGGCCCCCAGCAGCUGCUGCUCCCGCCGCCGCCACCGCCACCACCGGCCGCCGCCCUGGACGGGGCCAAAGCGGACGGGCUGGGCGGCAAGGGCGAGCCAGGCGGCGGGCCCGGGGAGCUGGCGCCCGUCGGGCCGGACGAGAAGGAGAAGGGCGCCGGCGCCGGGGGGGAGGAGAAGAAGGGGGCGGGCGAGGGCGGCAAGGACGGGGAGGGGGGCAAGGAGGGCGAGAAGAAGAACGGCAAGUACGAGAAGCCGCCGUUCAGCUAUAACGCUCUCAUCAUGAUGGCCAUCCGGCAGAGCCCCGAGAAGCGGCUCACGCUCAAUGGCAUCUACGAGUUCAUCAUGAAGAACUUCCCCUACUACCGCGAGAACAAACAGGGCUGGCAGAACUCCAUCCGCCACAAUCUGUCCCUCAACAAGUGCUUCGUGAAGGUGCCGCGCCACUACGACGACCCGGGCAAGGGCAACUACUGGAUGCUGGACCCGUCGAGCGACGACGUGUUCAUCGGUGGCACCACGGGCAAGCUGCGGCGCCGCUCCACCACCUCGCGGGCCAAGCUGGCCUUCAAGCGCGGGGCGCGCCUCACCUCCACUGGCCUCACCUUCAUGGACCGCGCCGGCUCCCUCUACUGGCCCAUGUCGCCCUUCCUGUCCCUGCACCACCCCCGCGCCAGCAGCACUUUGAGUUACAACGGCACCACGUCGGCCUACCCCAGCCACCCCAUGCCCUACAGCUCCGUGUUGACUCAGAACUCGCUGGGCAACAACCACUCCUUCUCCACGGCCAACGGCUUGAGCGUGGACCGGCUGGUCAACGGGGAGAUCCCGUACGCCACGCACCACCUCACGGCCGCCGCGCUCGCCGCCUCGGUGCCCUGCGGCCUGUCGGUGCCCUGCUCCGGGACCUACUCCCUCAACCCCUGCUCCGUCAACCUGCUCGCGGGCCAGACCAGUUACUUUUUCCCCCACGUCCCGCACCCGUCAAUGACUUCGCAGAGCAGCACGUCCAUGAGCGCCAGGGCCGCGUCCUCCUCCACGUCGCCGCAGGCCCCCUCGACCCUGCCCUGUGAGUCUUUAAGACCCUCUUUGCCAAGUUUUACGACGGGACUGUCCGGGGGACUGUCUGAUUAUUUCACACAUCAAAAUCAGGGGUCUUCUUCCAACCCUUUAAUACAUUAACAUCCCUGGGACCAGACUGUAAGUGAACGUUUUACACACAUUUGCAUUGUAAAUGAUAAUUAAAAAAAUAAGUCCAGGUAUUUUUUAUUAAGCCCCCCCUCCCAUUUCUGUACGUUUGUUCAGUCUCUAGGGUUGUUUAUUAUUCUAACAAGGUGUGGAGUGUCAGCGAGGUGCAAUGUGGGGAGAAUACAUUGUAGAAUAUAAGGUUUGGAAGUCAAAAUUUUAGUAGAAUGUGUAUCUAAAUAGUGACUGCUUUGCCAUUUCAUUCAAACCUGACAAGUCUAUCUCUAAGAGCCGCCAGAUUUCCAUGUGUGCAGUAUUAUAAGUUAUCAUGGAACUAUAUGGUGGACGCAGACCUUGAGAACAACCUAAAUUAUGGGGAGAGUUUUAAAAUGUUAAACUGUAAUUUGUAUUUAAAAAGCAUUCGUAGUAAAGGUGCCCAAGAAAUUAUUUUGGCCAUUUAUUGUUUUGUCCUUUUCUUUAAAGAACUGUUUUUUUCUUUUGUUUACUUUUAGACCAAAGAUUGGGUUCUAGAAAAUGCACUCGGUAUACUAAGUAUUAAAACAAACAAAAAAGAAAGUUGUUUCAGUUGGCAACACUGCCCAUUCAAUUGAAUCAGAAGGGGACAAAAUUAACGAUUGCCUUCAGUUUGUGUUGUGUAUAUUUUGAUGUAUGUGGUCACUAACAGGUCACUUUUAUUUUUUCUAAAUGUAGUGAAAUGUUAAUACCUAUUGUACUUAUAGGUAAACCUUGCAAAUAUGUAACCUGUGUUGCGCAAAUGCCGCAUAAAUUUGAGUGAUUGUUAAUGUUGUCUUAAAAUUUCUUGAUUGUGAUACUGUGGUCAUAUGCCCGUGUUUGUCACUUACAAAAAUGUUUACUAUGAACACACAGAAAUAAAAAAUAGGCUAAAUUCAUAUAUAUCUUGAUACUUUUGUCUCUUUUAUUAAGUAGAGUUAAAUUUUUAAAGACCAAUCAAGUUAUAGGGAACUCAAAGGCUUUUUCAGCCAAACUAAAAUUUAAACUGCUCCUUUAAUUUGAACUGACUCUAAAAAUGAAAAUAGUAUUUUUCCCUUUGUGAACAAAUUUUACAAGGAGCAGCCUAUUUAAUAAACCCUAGCUUUAAACAAAGUAUAGGCUUUUCAGCUGAUACCUGUAAGUUUCUGUGGAUAUACAGCAAAAAGAGAUAUAAUUUAAUUUUCUGUGCAUAGCUUUUUACCCUGUGUUUAUUUCCAAAUCCGUUAAUAGAAUGCCUUUUAUAUAUUUUGUUUCAGGUAUAUUGUUAAUAGAGCUUGGCAAAUUAUAAAUAAAUAUAUGUAUAUGGUUAGAUAGAAGUGAAUAUAAUGCACACAUAUGUAAUAUAUAUAGACACACAGAGCCCUUCAGUUCAGGUACAAUUUGCGCUAUGAAUGCUGCAAAAUUUUUGUUUAAAUAUUUGUAUUUAUACUUUCUAAGUCAGCAUUUAUUUUUGUGGCUGUUUACCCACAAUGAAAGAGUUCUAAUAAAGAUGUGCUAAAGUUGCAAUAUA